AAGUAAGGGCGCCUCUUCGUCCCAUUAAUGGGAUUAAUUGAUCCGAAAGAUUAGCGCGAAAGUUUCGUUCGACAGGUGGUCGAAAGAGCUGGAUCACGAUCGCGGCGCGUCUAUCGCUUUUCAUACUCUUUCCGAUGGACGUUCCCCUUUUCCCGGCACCGCCGGUCUUUGGUGGCGCCGCGACGUCCAUCAAUGACGUCUGUGAAGUCGCCUCGUCCGACGUGGUGACGCACCGGAAAGGAGAACGACAUGCAGCAGCCGUCACAGGGAAUGCUGCUUCAUCUUUGGAAUUUGGAAAAACUCCCGUUGUUCGCGGGAAAGGACAUCGUCGUAACCUUGUUCAUCCGAAAAGAACAACGAUUACGAAGAAGGAGGCAAGUCGACGUCACGUUAUCACAGAAUUUCGCGUAAGAAUGACCGAGCCUCGAGGUAAGAACGAAGACGAAGAGGACGAUGACGAUGACGACGACGACAACGAAGACGACGACGACGACGACGUUAUUACUUGCGCCGAUGCUUCGACCGUAACAUCGGAAGUUCCGUCUUGGUUACAAAACAGCGUGCAUCGCAAUAAAGCAACGAGAUCUGUAGCGCUACAAACGGCAAUAAGGAUACCUUUACGGCUAAGAUUCUUACCGUCUCUCGCGGAUAUCAUCGAGGAAAAUGAUCCUGCGUCUGCCAGUUCCAAAUCAUCCAUCAUUUGGAAGCAUAUAAGAUUUCUGGGACGCCUGUCGCUCUCUCAAUUCGGACUCGUCUGGUUAUUGAGCAUAUGGACAAUAGCAGGAGCCGCAGCCUUUUGCGCAACGGAAGGACCGCGCGAGCGUGAACAGGUCGUAGAAUUGAAGGAUAUGCAGAAGGAUCUGGCGGUCGGCUUAGCCACCGAAUUACGCCAGCUACGUACGAAGAAAGAGGAAGAUAUGGAGCCCGUAUGGAGUAACAAGGUGCGUCAGUAUGUUGCAAAACACGAGCAACUUCUUCUCGCAGCUGUAAACUCUGGAUAUGGCGAAGCCAACGACGGUGGUCAACUUUGGACCUUCCCCGGUUGCGUGCUCUUCGCUGUAUCGCUUAUCACCACUCUGGGUUUUGGAGCACCGGUACCUCGGACGAAUGCUGGCCGUACCGUAGCGAUUGUAUUUGCAGCCAUUGGCAUACCAGCACAUUUUCUUCUAAUAAUAAACGUCGGUAUUUUGCUAGCAGUCCGAUUGCAAAAGUAUGCCAUUAGGAAAACGUCCAAUAAGAAGGACUUACAACAGGAUCCCGCGGAUAUUUGUUGUUCACCGGCAACAGUACCUAAGUGGGUCAAACUCGUUCCCUUUGUUUGUAUCGGUGGUUAUUACAUCCUCGGGAUUUUAUGUUUCGGCAUAGCCAGAUCAAGACCAUUAGCGACGAGCGUCUUAUUCCCUUUAGAUUUCACAGCGGCAGGUGGUCUUUCGACGACGCACGGUUAUGUGCGUGUAUUUUAUGCCAUAUACUUGGAAGGUGCCGUCAUUAUAGCAGCCGUAGCAGUUGCCGUUCUUAGAGUAUCGGCCACUCAAAGUUUGACCAAUAUCGGUGUAAGAUAUGGUUUACUAACUGAGGCCUGAUCAAUGGAAAAGUAUAUUCCCUUUGAUCGAAUAUAUUUGCGCGUAUCAGACACGAAAUAUAUCCUUGACGAUUCUAUAAGAAUUCCUUUUGAUUGUCUCUAUUUCUCGAGAACCAAAGGAUGGAUACACAUCAUUAGACUCGUACACGAUGACUCGUUGAUCCUUAAUUUAUUAACAAAAACGAACAUAUUUAAUUUAUUUGUACUUUGCAAGUAUAAUCCAAGUUAAUAAAAUCUUCAUUUCUACGUCAUUACUUUUGAGAAUAGCUCCAUAUGAUUCAAAAAUUUUAUUGCUAAUUUUCUUAUGAAAAAUGUUCAUUGGUUCUACGUAGAAAUGUUAAUCGAAACAAACGCGCGCAUCAAUUUCGCGAAUCCUUUCCUUUCACAUCGCAAGUUUCUAUUGAUUUCUAUUUGAUAUUGGUUGACAGUACGACGGACUAAAAUUAUAUUCCUUGACAUGGACUAUCUAUCUAUCUAUCUAUCUAUGUAUACAUACACACACACACAUAUGUAUAUAUGCAUGCAUGCAUGUACGUGUAGAUAAAAUCGUACGAUCGUUGAAAGAAAAAGAGAGUACAAAAAAGAGAUUAUAUAGUAUACAAUUAUUAUAGUAUAUCUUUUGUACAAUUUUUAUUGCACAAGUUCGUGUGACAAUAAAGUAGUACUGAAAUCCAAUGAAA